CUUUAAAAUUAGCUCUCAAGAAUCCGGGAGGCGAUGCUGAAGGCCGACGGCGGUGAGUUUGGGCUCUCCUCUGCUCCGUGCCAGGUUAACGGAGCCAUGAAGCCCCCACGGACCCCCCGACCCUGAGCCGUGCGCCACAGCUCCUGCAGACAGCAUGAGGCUGCUCCGCCGCCGCUACAGCCCGCUGAAGGUGGCCCUGGUGGGCGCCGUCUUCCUCCUCUUCCUCUUCAUCCUACAGAGGGACGUCGGGGACGGCGACCCGCGCGAGGAGCCCUGGUUGAAGAACAUCGUGGAUGGGAAGGACCAGGUCAUCGACCUGAUGCUGGGCGCCGUGCACAACCUCCGUGACUCCAUGCCCAAGCUGCAGAUCGGGGCCCCGGUGCCCCCGGAGGAGCCGCCCCACAGCUCCCGCUCCUGUCCUCCCGGCUUCUACACGGCAGCAGAGCUGCGCCCGCUGCUGGAACGACCCCCCCAGGACCCCUCCGGGCCCGGGGCUGAUGGCAAAGCCUUCAAGAAAGAGCAGUGGACGGCAGAGGAGAGCAAGGAGAAGGAGCGGGGCUACGAGAAGCACUGCUUCAACGCCUUCGCCAGUGACCGCAUCUCCCUGCAGCGUGCGCUGGGACCCGACAGCCGCCCUCCGGAGUGCAUCGACCAGAAGUUCAAGCGCUGCCCUCCCCUCCCCACCACCAGCGUCGUCAUCGUGUUCCACAACGAAGCGUGGUCCACGCUGCUGCGCACGGUGUACAGCGUCCUGCACGCCUCGCCUGCUGCCCUGCUCAGGGAGAUCAUCCUGGUGGACGACGCCAGCACGGAUGAAUAUCUGAAGGACAAGUUGGACCGCUACGUGAAGCAGCUGCAGAUUGUGCGGGUGGUGCGGCAGGUGGAGAGGAAGGGGCUGAUCACGGCCCGGUUGCUGGGAGCCAGCGUGGCGAGCGGCGAGGUGCUCACCUUCCUGGAUGCACACUGUGAGUGCUUCCACGGGUGGUUGGAGCCCCUCCUGUCCCGCAUCGCCGAGGAGCCCACGGCUGUCGUCAGUCCUGACAUCACCACCAUAGACCUCAACACCUUCGAGUUCUCCAAGCCAGUGCAGUAUGGCAAGCAGCACAGCCGGGGCAAUUUCGAUUGGAGUCUCACCUUUGGAUGGGAGGUCGUGCCACCCCGUGAGAGGCAGAGGAGGAAGGACGAGACUGUCCCCAUCAAGUCCCCGACCUUCGCCGGUGGUCUCUUUGCCAUCUCCAGGUCAUACUUUGAGCACAUCGGUUCCUACGACGACCAGAUGGAGAUCUGGGGGGGAGAGAACGUGGAAAUGUCUUUCAGGGUCUGGCAGUGUGGGGGUCAGCUGGAAAUCAUCCCCUGCUCUGUCGUGGGCCACGUCUUCCGCUCCAAGAGCCCCCACACCUUCCCCAAGGGCACGCAGGUCAUCUCCAGGAACCAGGUCCGCUUGGCUGAGGUCUGGAUGGAUGACUACAAAGAGAUCUUCUACAGGAGGAACCAACAGGCUGCACAGAUGGCCAGAGAGAAGACGUAUGGUGACAUUACAGAACGGCGCAGGCUGAGGGAGCGGCUGCACUGCAAGAACUUCACCUGGUACCUGCAGAACGUCUACCCCGAGAUGUUCGUCCCCGACCUCAACCCCACCUUCUACGGAGCA